CCAUUUCAAUCAUGUCAGUACAGCUCGUGCGUUAGGGUCCUUUGGGAGGGGGUCUGGAUCCUGCCUUGCCUUGGCGACACUACGUUGAACGAGGGUGACGCCGGACGAGCGCGCGACGAAGAGCGAAGGGGGCGCGCGAGGCGAGCGAGAUUAAUCUGAAGUACACUUUGGAUGGUCUAUAUGGUUUCAUCUAAAAGUAGAACUUUCCUAUGACUGAAAAUGUCUUCCAUAGACCCCUAUCAGUACAUCAUAGUAGAGCACCAGUACUCGCACAAGUUCAAAGUGACCGUAGUAAAGGCUGAGAAUGUCACGAAAGGAAAACUGGGAGAUUUGUUGGACACUCCAGACCCCUACGUGGAGCUGUUCAUUCCGUCGGUGCCUGAGACCAGGAAACGGACGCGCCACAUUGACAACGAUGUAAAUCCAGUGUGGAAUGAAACUUUCGAGUUCAUAUUGGACCCCAAUCAGGAGAACGUGCUAGAGAUAACACUAAUGGAUGCCAACUAUGUAAUGGACGAGACACUUGGAACUGUAUCAUUUGCCAUUUCGAAAAUCAAAGUGGGGCAACCAGAACAAGUGUCAGUCCUCAUUGGCAAAGUAACCAAGGUGUACUUAAACAUGUCCCUGGAGGUAUGCUCUUCGACAGACCUGCGCUUCAGCAUGGCACUGUGUGACAAAGAGAAGCUGUUCCGGCAAGUGCGCCGGGAUAGGGUCAUGCUGGCCAUCAAGAAGCUGUUGGCAAUGGAGAAGAGCCGUUUCCUCCCCACCUCCCUGCAACAGGUGCCAGUGAUUGCCAUUGUGGGCUCCGGGGGAGGGUUCAGGGCCAUGGUGGGGUUCUCAGGGGUCAUGAAGGCACUGUACGAGUCCGGGGUUCUUGACUGUGCCACCUACGUGGCUGGCCUUUCGGGCUCCACCUGGUACAUGUCUACGCUGUACUCCCACCCCGAAUUCCCUACCAAGGGCCCCAGGGAGAUCAACCAGGAACUGAUGAAGAGUGUGAGCAGCAACCCGCUACGCUUCCUCAUGCCCCAGAACAUCAAGCGCUACAUCACAGCCCUCUGGACAAAGAAGGCAGCUGGCCAGCCUGUCACCUUCACCGAUAUUUUUGGCAUGCUCAUUGGGGAGACCCUUAUCCCCGGGCGCAUGCACUUCAAGCUGAGCAAAAUGCAGGAAAAGGUGGAUGAGGGACAGUGUCCAAUGCCGCUAUUCACCUGUCUUCACGUGAAGCCUGAUGUCUCUGAGCUCAUGUUUGCUGACUGGGUAGAGUUCAGUCCAUAUGAGAUCGGCAUGGCGAAAUACGGGACUUUCAUGCCACCUGAAAUCUUUGGAAGCAAGUUCUUCAUGGGUAGCGUAGUAAAACAAUACGAAGAGAACCCCCUGCAUUUCCUCAUGGGGGUGUGGGGGAGUGCCUUCUCCAUUCUAUUCAACCGGGUAAUAGGAAUCAAAGAUACUGCUGGAGGAAGUACCAUGGAGGAAGAACUUGAGCAGAUAAGGCCUGAGCACAUCGUGGGAGAGGACAAUCAAGACAAUGACGAGGAGCCUCGUCAAGCGGGUUCAGAGAAUCCAGAAGGGGAAGACGAGUACCAGCGACAUGCCCAGGCCAGCUGGGUGCAGCGCAUGUUCACCUCCUGGGUUGGUGACUCCACCCUCUUCAACACCCGUGAGGGCCGUGCUGGCAAGGUGCACAACUUCAUGCUGGGCCUCAACCUCAACAGCUCGCUGCCCUUCUCCCCAUUUCCUGAGCACCUGUGCUCUAUAGCUGUUGAGGAAGAGGAUGCUGUGACAGACCCAAACGAGUUUGAUCGUAUUUACGAACCACUGGACGUGAAAAGCAAAAAGAUCCAUGUGGUGGACAGUGGUCUGACCUUCAACCUCCCAUAUCCACUGAUCCUGCGGCCUCAGAGAGGGGUAGACCUUAUCAUUUCCUUUGACUUCUCCGCACGCCCCAGUGACUCCAGCCCACCGUUCAAGGAACUGCUGCUGGCAGAGAAGUGGGCGCGAAUGAACAAACUGCCCUUCCCCAAGAUCGACCCCAAGGUGUUCGACCGGGAGGGUCUCAAGGAGUGCUACGUGUUCAAGCCUAAGAAGGGUGACAGGAACUGUCCCACAGUCAUCCACUUUGUGUUGGCCAACAUUAACUUCCGUAACUUUAAGGCUCCAGGAGUCCCUCGAGAGAGCGAUGUAGAGCUAGAGUUUGGAGACUUCGAUAUAUUUGAUGACCCACAGACUCCAUACUCCACCUUCAACUUCCAGUACUCCAACCAAGCAUUCACACAGCUGCAUGACCUUAUGGAGUUCAACACCCUCAACAAUAUUGAGGUGAUCAAAGAUGCCAUAAAGGAGAGCAUCAUGCACCGUAAGGAGAACCCCUCCAGAUGCUCUGUCUCAUUGUCACUCAACGAAAUCCAAAACAAGAAGUUCAUGAAACGGGACAACAGUGCAAAUAAGAUCCACAUUGAAAAGAUACAAUGAGAGGUCACUCUCUGCUCUCAGAUUAAACACAGCCUGUCUACGGUAUGUACAGUGCCGGUGCAGUGUGGUAUCUGGGUACAAAGAUGUCACCAGGUCUAAUGGUGUAAUGUACAUGUUCGUUUUUAUAAUGUGAGCCAAGUGCCUAUGCAUUUUUACAUAGUUUCUACUUAAAUCUGUUUUCAUCCCUGACAUCAAAGCUUAGGGAAGAAUGGGUUAAUUCAAAAAAAAAAGUCUGAAUGAUGAGCCAAACUGUUGGUUUCUAUUACUACUUUAAUAAGGUUCACUGUACAUGUGCUGGGUCCUUUUUUAUCUCAAUGCAAUUAAUUACAAAUGAACACUGUUUAUAAAAUGGAAUGACACAUGCUACUCUCAGAUGAAUUUGAUUCAUACUUAAUCUACAGCCCUUGGAAACACCUUAAUUGUUUCCAGUUUGCCAAGUGUUCCCGGCUGGAAUAUGAGCUUCUGGGUACCGAAUUUGGCAUAGAAAUAGUCAGUGUAGUUCUAGUAUUGUUUUUUCAACUUUUAUGUCAAGGUCACAUUUUAUUUUAUAGAUGCAGUAAAUUCAGUGCUUCAACAUAAUACUAGUGAAACUACUUUAUGUAUAUGUUUAGACUACAUUAUCAAGUAUAAAAUUAAUUGCUGUCUAUGUAAACAGGUCAUCGACCAGGUAUUCUCUAAUUUUAACUAACCAUUCCUGAAAAUCUUUUUCUCACACUUUACCUUUUACCAUGUUUUUCUCUCUACAGGGAAUGUAUUGCCAAAUUACAAAACACACACACACACACACACACACACACACACACACACACACACAGAG